UUCCGCCUGAAACGACGAGAAGACUCAAUCCUGCACUUUUCACAGAGAAACUGGCUUUUACGGAAAGAAAGGCGGCCAUAAAUAUAGACAAACAUUUAUUUUUAUGACUGGAAACUCUUUAUUGGCAUUUCACGUCUUUGUUUCGCUUUGUAAGGAGUUUCAGUUGAUCUUCUUUUUUUUUUUUUUUUUUUUUUUUUUUUUUGAUGUUUUCUUUUCUGAACUUGUAUGACAGGAGUUUGUUAACGUCAUACAGAAGUGCAGAGCUUUUUGUUUUUCUCCACUGUCAGUGUGUUUUAAAGAAGGAAUGAGACACUUUCCUUAAAGUGCAUGGUGGGCGGUGAGUUAUGCAGAAGCCCGUCUCUGGAUCAGGAUGAGCACUACAGAUGGACCUGGGACCCCUCACCAUGAUGAAGAAGCCCGUGUUGUGCAAAUCUACCCCCGGUUACCUCAGGAGACAGAAGACUACUGUCCCCUGCAGAUCGGCAUCAAGGACACAGUGAAGACUGUGAUCCACAAUGCUGUGGUUGCCCUGGACUUGGACUCGGACUCCAGCCAGACCUACAGCUUGCUGGAGGUGAGGGGAAGAGGGAGCAAGGAGACACCGCUUGAAGAUGAAGACAACAUUUUGCUGCGGGUCCUGCUGUGGCCCCCAGAGACACAGAAGUGGCACCAUAGGAGCCAGGGGUACUAUUUUAUCCUGCAGCUGAGCAGCAAUGAAGCAAAGCAAGUAGGAACUUCUAAAGAAGACUCUGAUGACCUCUGCAACCUCUCCUCUGUGACCGAGGAGGAAGUCCUGCAGGUCUUACGCCAGCGCUUCUUUAAGCACAAAAUCUACACCUACAUCAGCAACAUCCUCAUCGCCAUCAAUCCCAAUAAGUUUCUACAUCUUUAUUACAAUCCAAAAUAUGUGAAGCUGUAUGAGAACCAGCCGCUAGGCAAACUGAGUCCCCAUAUAUUUGCCAUAGCCGACGUGGCCUUCAGAACCAUGCUGAACAGGCAGGUGAACCAGUGCAUUAUGAUAUCUGGUGAGAGUGGAUCGGGGAAGACAGAGAGCAGCAGCUACCUCAUCCACUGCCUGACUACACUCAGCCAGGGAACGUACUCUGGUGGAGUGGAGCGAGCCAUCCUGGGGGCCGGACCGGUGUUAGAGGCAUUUGGAAACGCCAAAACAGCAGAUAAUAACAACUCCAGCCGCUUUGGAAAGUUCAUCCAGCUCAUCUACCUGGAAAGUGGUGUCAUCAGAGGGGCAUUUGUUGAGACGUUUCUGCUGGAACAGGGCCGCCUGGUGUCUAGAAGUAAAAAUGAAAGGAACUACCAUAUCUUCUACUGUCUGCUGAUGGGUGCGUCAAAAGACGAGCAGGAAGAGUUUCAUCUGUUGAAGUUGCAGGACUACGUUUAUCUCAACCAGGAGGAGCUUUAUUUAGAUGACAAAGACAAGCUCGAGCUCAGACACGAGUACAAAAGACUCCAACAAGCUAUGGAGAUGGUUGGCUUUUUGAACUCCACUAAGAAACGCAUUUUUUCUGUCCUGUCUGCCAUCCUGCUCUUGGGAAAUGUGACCUACAGUCUAUCGAAGGAUACUCAGGUCCUGGAGGCUGGGCCAACAGAGGUUUUAUCUUCACUAUCAGAUCUACUCAUGGUGAAAAAGGAGCAGCUGGUGAUGGCAUUAACCAAGAAGAAGGUGGUGACUGCCACCUACACUAUGUUUUCACUCUACACACUACAAGAGGCCACCUCAGCACGUGACUCCAUGGCUAAGUGUUUAUACAGUGCUCUGUUUGACUGGAUCAUCCUUCACAUUAAUCACGCAAUGCUCAACAGACGAGACAUGGAGGAGUCCGUCUCUUGUUUGUCCAUUGGUGUCCUGGAUAUGUUUGGGUUUGAGAACCUCCAGACAAACAGUUUUGAGCAGCUGUGCAUCAACUAUGCCAAUGAGAAGCAGUGGCUUUACAUCAACCAGCACAUCUUUAAGAAUGAGCAGGAGGACUAUGUGUCAGAAGGCAUAACCUGGCAAAACAUCAACUUUACUGACAACAUUGACUGCAUCCAGCUGAUCAGCGACGAGUCAGUGGGACUCUUCCCCCUGUUGAAUGAGGAAAGCAACCUUCCUCGGGCAGGAGAUGAAACCUUGUUGAACAAGUUUAAACGGCACCAUCAGAAAAGCUCUCGCUUUGUGGUUUCUCCCAACGAGGCAACGUUUACCAUCGAACAUUGUGCUGGGAGAGUUAAAUAUCACAUCAAGGACUUCAAAAAGAAAAACACGGAGCACAUGCGUCCUGAAGUCGUAUCUCUGCUGCGGAGCAGUGAGCUUUCAUUCCUGCAUCACUUGGUUGCAUCCAACCCUGAAGCCCUGUUCAGAUGGAGCAUCCUCCGAGCAACCAUCCGCAUCGUCUCAGUGUUAAAAAAACUCUUAAGGCAGCGUGCAGAACAGAUUGCUGCAAGACAGAGCUCACGCAGGUCGCUCAUUUCCAUCAAUAGGCGCAGCAGUUAUCUAAACAGACUAUCUGGCAUCAGCCAGACUCUGGAUUUCUCCUUUGAUCGCUCUGAUGAACAAUCGAUUGAUUUGUUUGAGGACAUAUUUGAGAGUUACGAACAGAGAAAGAAAAACAAAGGCAGUCGACAAAAGCAGCUCAUUCCGAAGAACCUCAUAAAUGUGCGUUCACUUCAACACAUCAUUGGUCUUACAAACCACAACCGAACCAGCAAAUCCAUCUUUUACCCUGACAGGCGAGCAGAUCCCCCCACAGUUUGUGCUCAUUUUCAGACCUCACUUGGAAAACUGAUCGAGACGAUUGAGAAAGCAGAGCCUUUCCUCAUUUUCUGUUUUCGCUCCAAUGCCGAGAAGAAACUGCUGCACUUUGAUGAUGAGGUAGUGCUAAAUCAAAUCAAGUAUACAGGGAUACUGCAGAUGAUUCACAUGCAGAGGUCAAGCUUCAAAGCUAAAUACACAUUUAAGGAAUUUGUUAAGAAGUUCAGGAUUUUGCUUCCAGAAGGAACCACUGGAUCCCCAGAAGACAUAGCUGAACUGUUUGAGAGGAUGGGAUUUAAGAAGACCACCUACCAAAUAGGAAAAACCAAGGUUUUUCUCAAAGAAAAGGAGCGUCAGUUACUCCAAAACACCCUGAACAAAGAGGUGUUGCGACGCAUCGUCACCCUGCAGCGUUGGUUCCGCUCCUGCCUCAUAAGAUAUCACUUUCUGCAAAAGAAGGAUGCCACAAUGAUCAUACAGAGGAGCUGGCGAGAGUUUUUUGAGAAGCAAAACCGAGCUGCAACAGUAAUCCAGACCGCAUGGCGUAUUUCCCUAAAACACCCACUAGAGCAUGAGAUGAAUGAAAAAGAUGGAGUCAGCAUGGAGAAAAGACAUUUGAAGAAGCAGCAAAAUGUAGAACUCCACUUCAGCAAGACCCAACAGUCAGAUCCAGUCAACAACCAGGUGGACCAGAGCAAGCAGAAAGAAGAGAGCAGAGGGUCUCUUCCCCAACUGAGCAGACCCCACUCUGUUCCACUGGACCAUACAGCUAGCAGCAAUCCUAGCAAAAACCUUUCUAUCUGCAGCUCCUUCCAGCACAACAUGGACAAAAAAAGCAUGAGGGAAAGAUGCAGUGCAGAUGAUCAGAAAGACUUAUCAAACCCUGAAGUACACCGAAGGAGAGAUAGGAGAGAAGAUUUUUAUCACAAAGGAAAGUCAAUUUCUGCAGAUGAAUUGUUGAGCUUCUCUGGCAGUGAAAGCUCCUCCAGUACCAAAACAGAAAGGGUUCGUCUCCGCAAGCCGAAAAAUCACAAGCGACACUUAGCCUACACCCGCAGCGGUUUGGUGUAUAACUUUGGGGGCUCCAGGGAGAGCGAGUACUGGAACUUUCCGCUGCCUCCCAUCAGUCCUGCUGUGACCAGUGUUAUGGAUGUGUGGGACCUCAAAUCCCAGGUCAAGAUGUCAGCAGAUCCGAGCAGUUCAAGGUUCAGCCUUCCAGCCGGAACAGCCUGUGAGGUGACCGAUCAUCAUGGCUCAAACCAAUCACCGCUCACAAGUCCUGAGAAGAUGUGGUUUCUUGGUAGAUUUCUGAAGAAACGGGCACACAGAUCUUCCCCGACCAGUGAAUCACUGUCGGAUAAAAGUGUAACAUCGCCAAGAUUCUCUCCGCAAACCUACCAAAUUCCUAAUGUCAACAAUUCAAGGGUCCAUCAAAACCCAUCUGUUCAUAUCAGCCGCGCCACACGAGCUCUCCAGCCGGACGUGUCUCUGGACCGAGAGAUUACUGAUCCCAACGAGCUACGAAACCUUGACGAGUUCCUAGGGAAUCAGGUUAAUGAGUUACAAACAAGAAUAAAAGACCUGUCCCCAGCGGAGAACAUUUUCCUCUCUGCCACUAUGGAGUUCAGGGAAACCAUCAAAAGCAUGUACUCGUUACAAAAACCCCAAGUUUGUUACAAAAGCCUAAUGAAUGGGUAUCGUAACAAAGUGACCGCAUUAGCAGGACUAAGUAAGAAGUCAGAGGUCUCACUGGUGGUCAACUUGUUCCAGACUGUGCUGGACGGAUUCAUCAGGGCCGAAAAAAAACGAGUGGAGUCCGAACCAGCCAAGACUACCAAGACGACAAAGAAGGGAAGGAAAAAUGAGAAAUGUCUUGAAAAUCCUCUAGAUCAUCUGUUCAGCACAUACCAAGUGAACAUCAUGCAGUCAUGUGACUUGUGUGGCUCCUACAUCUGGGGAAUGGAGAAAGCGUACAUGUGCAGCGCUUGCAAAUUCAUUUGUCACAAGAAAUGCCUGAACAAAAUAAUCACAGACUGCUCAACACGGUGUGCCAGGAAGGAUGACAGAGUACCAGGCUCACAACACUUUGGGGUCCAAGUGUCUGUCCUGACCAAUAUUGCCAACCCUGUGCCCAAAGUGGUGGAGUUGUUGCUGAUGCACGUGGAACUAAACGGCUUAUACACUGAGGGCAUUUACCGAAAGUCGGGUACAGCAUGUCGAGCGAGGGAACUCCACCAGGUUCUGGAGACUGAUCCUGAAGGUGUCUGUUUGGAUAACUACCCCAUCCACACCAUCACAGGCCUCGUCAAACGUUGGCUCAGAGAGCUUCCUGAUCCCCUCAUGACAUUUUCUCUCUACAACGACUUUCUGCAUGCUGUUGAGCUGCCAGAGAAAACAGAGAGAAUAAGGGCUGUAUACCAAAAGGCAGAUGAACUUCCUCCUGCUAAUUACAACACUUUGGAACGGCUUAUUUUUCACCUUGUCAAGGUUGCAAAGGAAGAGAAGCACAACAAGAUGUCACCAACCUCUCUGGCUAUCGUGUUUGCCCCCUGCAUCUUGCGUUCACCUGAUUUAAAUGACCCCUUCCUUGGUAUGAAGGAUGUGCCCAAAACUACUCUCUGUGUGGAGAUCCUGAUCAAUGAGCAGUUAAGGCGCUACAACGAGAAGAUGCAAGAUAUCCAGGAGCUGGAAUUUGCAGAGGCCCAGGCUGUCAAUAAGCUCAGACUAAGGAGACAAAACACGGUCCUUGCAACAACUUCAGAAAUGGAUGUUCCACACUUAUCACAGCCUGAUGAGACAGACAUCACCAUCAUUGAAAGAAUCAAAUCCAUCAAGCAAGAAAAAGUGAACUUGGCGAUCAGGUUACCUGAACUGGGGCAGGACCACUCUGACACUGAAAUCCUGGACUCUGCGUCAUCAGUGAGCUCAGACAGCCUGGACCAGUUGGGGAGCAUUGACUCGGAAGGAAGGGCGACCAAGCUGUUGAAAACUCUGAAACCUGAAUGCCCAGCUAAACCUGGUGACCCAGCACAGAGAUUCAGGACACAUAUUGAACAGAGGAGGCUCACCUCUGGACAAACCACAGAUGUUACCCAGUCUACAUGCCGUCUGUCUAUCCAAGACACACCCUCUUCAGACGACAAGCAGCAGAUCACCAGCAAGAACUUUAAUGGGACCUUCGAUGACCUGGACAUCCCUUUUAUCGAUGAGGCUGAAGAAUAAAGCUGACACUAAUAGGACAAGUUUUGAUAAUCUGAAUAUUGCCAAGUAUGUGUGUUAAGACACCUUAAAGAGAGUGCACUUUGUUUGACAGACUCUAUUUGUCAUUGCUGCUGAGAAGUUAUCUGUAGUGAAAGGACAUCAUUCUGACCUGCUCUGUUAGGAUCCCUAUAAGAGAUCCACAGAACUAUUCUUGAUCUUUAAAUAUGGAUUUUUAUUAAUUUCAUUACUGUACAGAACACUUUGUAAAAGUGGUAAUAAAUUGUAAAGCAAGUGUCCCCUUUACUAAUGGUGAAAAAUUACUUAACCCUACCAUCAAUGCUCUAACCUUGUAGUUUGUGACUAGAUUGAACUUAUUAUGACACUGUGAUUAAGAAUCUCACUGGGAAACUAUGUACUUCUUCUUCUUUUUAAUUUUUUGUUGUUUACCUGUAGUUUGACAUUAAUUAAUCUGAGAUUUGUGUAAAAUAACUGCUGCCGUUAUUUUUGAAAUUUUUUGCCAUGAAAAAACAAGUGAUCCAUUGUAUAUACACCAUUUUUCCCUUGCUUUAAUGCAUGCCUGUGCAUUUUGAAAAGAAUGGAUGUUGUGCAUUUUGUUGCCAUAUUACCAACUGAAACAAAUAAAUAUCUCAUUCUGUAUCAAAUAAUAAUACAGAAUGUUUUACUUUAAAUUAUAGCUCAUAUUGGGUGGGGGUGCAAAACUGCCUAAAUUAAGUACAAAGGAAUCGAUAUCUCUAAAACUUAAAGAUACAAUGAGAAACUGAAUAAAUAAAAAGAUAUUGAAAAUUUAAUUAUGAAUAAAUGGGGAUCAUGACACAAACAUUUAUUAGUUAAAAAUAAAGAAAAAUGAACAAU